AUGUUCACGUUUCCUCCGUUUGCUGUCAUUUUAUUAGUAUUUUGCUUGGUAUUUACAACAAGUGUAAGUGCCAGCAGCGGUCUUUGCAGUGUUUUUGAUCCCUUUAAAGUACAACCUGAUGGAAGUAAAUAUCAAAUUGGCGGUGCAUUUCCGUUACAUUAUUCAGACUGUUCACAGUUGCGACCAGAAGGUGUUCAGGAUAUUGUAGCAAUACAAUGGGCUUUAACACAUUGGAAUCAAAAUCCAGCAAACAGUCACGUAAAAAUCGGUCUUUUUGCUGGAGAUACUUGCUCAAGGCCGAAGGAAGCCUUGUCGCAGUCGUUGCGUUUCCUUGAUUCUAUCGGCUAUCAUGAACCAGAUGAAUGCACCUCAUCAUCUGAACGACAAAAUAUGUCGAAACUGUUGGGUUUAAUAAUGCCAAGGGAUGAACGAUCGUCUCGAGCCUUAGGUACACUGCUGAAUUCGGCAGUACUGCCGGUUGUCAGCUAUUCGUCGUCAUCAGCAAAUGCAUUAGCUGAAUUAGAAAUAAAAAAUGUCAUUUCAACAGCACCGACAUUAUCCAUUUUCAUUGAAGCUUUCAUAAAAUUGAUGGCGAAUUUGCGUAGCAAUUUGGUAGUGGUGGUAAUCAAUGAUCGAAGGAAGGAAACGGUAAAGAGAGUGCUCAAACAGAUCAAAGCAGGCGGCAUCUAUAUAUCAGAUGUGGUUUCCAUCAACAAUCCAGGAUUUUUGAGGAUACUGUCAGAAUCUGACAGUCAAAUCAUCUUGUCGUUUAUAGACAAACAGGAGCUUUUCACAGUACUCUCUCGAAGAGAGAUGACGUCAUUGAGUAAAAUGUGGAUUGCAGUCACUUCUGAUGGAGAUGGACUAUCUUAUGAUGAACAGCUCAAAGUUCUACACAAAGGUUCUCGCGUGCAGGUAAUAAGCCUUCAAGCUCGGCAGAAAGAUCUCCCGCAGUUUAGAGAUUAUUUCUUAAGAGUGCUAAAAAACAAUUAUCAGUCCUACUCGCUUCUUGCGUCGUAUAUGCAACAGGUACACAACUGUUCUGUUGUUGGAAUAUCAGGAUAUACAGACUGUGCAGAUCUUACCCGCGAAGAUAUGAAUGCAAUGCAUAAUCAAGCCGAUACCGUUGAAUCUGCUGUUCGUAUGACAUUUGCUUUAGCAGCAGUAGGAGCUAAACUUCGAUCAAAUCCUGUUUCUGAGACAGUAUGUGAACGUCCGUCGCCACAAUGUACAGAGUUGAUUAUCAAAGAGUUGGAGUCAAUUGAUUACGAAUUUGGGCCUAAUGAUCCGCCUGAACUCGCUGGUGAGCACCUACAGUUUUAUCGAAAUUUGGAUGGACACCUGGUAUCAAGUGGCAUAAUGAUUGAAGGUAUAGAACUUGUUAAUGAUGAAAAAAUGGGACCAAUGGUUUACAAGGUAAUCGAGUAUGAAACAGGUCGUUAUCCUCGUCUUGUUACAAACAAUUUCCGUCAAAAUCGGAUAAGAUCUGUGUGUGCUCCUUACCGAUCUUUUUGCGGUCGUUGUGAGCACGUUACAAGGGUUGACCCAAAGAAGUAUUUCUUAUCAAUUCCUAAACAAUAUCCAUUAUAUUUAAUGGCUUUGUUCAACUUUCACGAAGGUCCUAAGUGCCAAACUUUUAAAAACUAUGAUGUUUCCCUUCCAAUGGCGUUUGUUCACACGAUAUGGACCUUCCGACAACGGUUCCCGCAACUAAAUUUGUUAAGGAAUUUGGAAUUUGGAGCACUUUUAGUUGAUUCAUGUUCGUCAAGCAAAAAAUCUAUUGAGAUCAUUGUCCAAAGUGAAAAUCAGUGCUUUGCAUUUGAACAAGCUGAACGUAAUGUCACUGUUGUUCCAGGAUCAAUCUUUGGUUACAUAUCGGGAUUGAAUGGCGGACAGCAUGAAGCUCUUAGUGGAUUUUUCGCAACUGGUGAAGUGCCACUAAUAGCUUUAGAUACUGAUCGUAAACCAACCUUAGACGAGUUUUCAACUAUGCCAUCUGGAAAAUAUCAAGCUCUUGCUUUGCUAAAAUUGCUGAAAAAACUGAAGUGGGAAUUCGUCGCUGUCGUUUUAUCUGAACAGGAUAGUGCAUCACUAGCCUCAUUCCGACAUUUUGAACGUAUGGCAGCUGAUCGCGGAGUUUGUCUGGCUGAAGUUAUCAAUAUGAGCGGGGAACAUCUACCUGAUAUUUCUGCAUCAUCAGUGACUAAUGCUACCGUAUUGUUUACUACUGCGGAUGAUGCAGCUAUGUAUUUUGCCGCACGUUUCAAGAGAGAGUCUUCAUUAGCUCACGCACACGUUGUCGUUGGUGACGCUCACGAUUUUUACCUGCGUGAUCCGUCAAACGUCGCCAAAUUUGUUGGAACGGUAUCACUUCAGCCAAAAGAUGUUUUGUACGCCGACUUCAGGCAAUGGUUAGAGAUGACAACUCCGUUAACAUUACCAGAAGCCUGGUAUUGGAAACACGUUGAAUAUCGGUGGCAGUGUGCAAUGACUGAAGAAACCAAGAAGAAAUAUAACGGUAAAAUGUGCACCGGAGAAGAACUAUUAGACAUUGAGCAUUUAGGACGCAUGACAAAAAGUGGUUAUCUUUCUCGAGGAGUCGAAAAGCUUUUGUUUGCAAUGGAUUCUGUCUACAAAAAGCUGUGUCCUGAGCAAACGGGAGUGUGCCCUGAGUUCUAUACAAGCGGAAGGAAGCAAAUACUAAAUGUGUUGAAAAAAGUGCAUAUUGAGGACGAAUUUGAAAUUUAUGAAUUUCUACCAGAUUCAGAAGGUUCAUUUUCUUAUAAAGUUAUUGGGAAUUGGUCAAUCAAAACAGGACUGCGGUUUGGAAAUACGUUCAAAAAUUUCAAUGCUCGUGGAGAACAGAUUCCUUCGGAACUUGUUUUGUCUCAAAGGAUCGUUUCUCGUUGUGUCGCUCCUUUAUGCAGCUGCUUCACUGACAAAGAUUUCUUUACCAGCCCUGUACAAAUGGCUAUAUCGUCAAGUAAUGACAUGGACAUCCUUAGCGGUUCAUAUGUUCGUCGGGAGCCAGCUCACGGUGGCAGUAAGAAGAUCCAGUAUGAAAGUGUCAGCCUUUAUAAAAUUUUGGAUCACUUGACUACUGGAAAUUGGCGUCGACAUACCUCAAACUACGUAUUCCUUGUCGUCAAUUCUUUGUUGCUGCUCGCAUCUCUGGCCGUUUUGGCUUUGGUGUGUAUCAAACUUUAUCUUCGCGUUGUUAAAGGGAAUCAGUCGCUUGGUAUAUCGUUAUUGAUUGGGAUCAUUCUUGUAUAUGUUACAGCAUAUUUCUUCGUCUUUGAUCCUACCGACUUGAUUUGCCGAAUACGUGUUACACUGCAUUCAAUGGGAUAUACACUAUGCUUUGGAGUAAUGAUUGCAAAGGCAACUCAGUUAAGAAAUGCAGAGACCUUAGGAUUUUCCACCACAGUGCACAUUAGCUACUGGAACUACUGGCUAUUACUCUUCUUCAUUCUCGGGGUUCAAAUUGCGCUCUCUGUUAGAUGGUUGGCUGAACAAUAUAUGUCAACACUUAUAUUAGAUGGAUCUCAGAUGAAAAUGAGCUGCGCUUUCGGUGACCAAGAAUUCUUGUUGUCCCAAACCUAUGUUAUAGUUCUUCUUGCUUUGGCUCUCUUUGUUAACAGUAGGAACCGUAAUAUUAAACGGAACUAUAAGGAAACAAAAUGGUUGUUCCUUUCAUCUGUGGUAUGUUUUGUUUUAUGGGCUUUAUGGAUGUCAGCGUACUUAAUGGUUCCAGUGAAUUAUAGGGACAUGGUCAUAAUUCUUGAGCUGAUGUCAUGUGGCACUGUAAUGCUUGCUUUCUUGUUUGGUCCAAAAAUUUAUAUUCUUCUUUCCUAUGAGCCAGUAAUUGUUGAAUAUCAAGGCCCAAAUUCGAACAGUAAAGAUCUAGUUUAUGAGAAUGGAUUGUUCGAAAAAGAUAACGUACUUGUAAGAGCCAUUUCUCCAACAAGCAGCACUGGCUCUGGUGCUCAUUCUACGACAUCCGGAGUGCAUAAAUCACUAAAUUCUGUUGUAAACUCGAGUUCAAGUGGCGCAUGUAGUGACGAUCAGGCGCCAAUAUUUCACACUGUAAUGCGGAAGAAGAAUAAGGUACGAAGGGCUAGAUCCGAGCAUAACGUGAAACAAACACAUAUUGUGCAUUUUCCGUCAGUGCCGUCUUCAACACCGAUUUUGGCUGAUGGUCAGCGCGAAAUACCUGCUGUUAAUUCAGCUACGGGAACGUAUACAAAAAGUGAAACUUCACGUCGCGGCAGUCGUAAACCGUUUAGCCGAACACGAGAACCGUCACCAAAACCAUGA